AUGGUUUGUGUGGAUAAAACAGGAGGAGAAAACUUGUAUAACAUAGUUCGAUACGCUAUCGAGAAAAAAGAAUGCCGUAGAGCCACCUUGGCACGACAUUUCGAGACUGAAUAUGAUCCAGCUUGGUGUGAGAAC